AUGGACAAGCAGUUCCAGAGGAUGGAAGAUGUCGUCUGGGACUUGAGCUCAAUAGCGGAGGAGGAUUUUGAUCAAUUAGCUGUUUAUUUGGUGCCCGACCAACCAUGUGAUGAUAGCACCCAUACCAGCGCCAGUAACCGAGCCGAGGCCAGUCUGCCUCGUAAUUUAAUACUUAAACCCUCGCAAACACUCAGCGAUGUUCUUGGUGUUUGGAGCACAGAUUACAUUCCCAGAGGCACACGCUUUGGCCCACUUGUUGGAGACAUAUAUAACAAGGACGACGUGCCCAAAGAUGCCAACCGUAAAUACUUCUGGCGAGUCUACACACCGGCAGCCAAGUCGGGCGGCGACAACAGCAGCGCCGGUACCCCCACCGGGCCAUCGGCGGCGGCGUCGGGAGGCGAAAGUUACCACUACAUCGACGGGUUCGACGCGACCAAGGCCAAUUGGAUGCGCUACGUUAAUCCGGCGUAUAGUAACGAAAGCCAGAACCUGGUGGCGUGUCAGGUGAAGCGGCACAUCUACUUCUACACCAUUAAGCCGGUGCUGCCCAACCAGGAGCUCCUGGUUUGGUACUGCAAAGAGUUUGCCGAGAGGUUAAACUACCCGUUGACUGGCGAACAGAUGUUGAACAGAAUAAGACAACAACUGAGUCCCGACACGAAGGAGUACUUCAUGGCCGCCAACACCCGAAUGACGCCCAACCCGGAGGGCAGCACCCGAUCCGAUGAGGGCUAUCACAGCAACGGCUUUCACGACGACCACUUGACCCCACCCGAGGACAGCUCCGACAGCGAUAUCGACAACUAUGUGCUCGACUUGAGGGCCGUUAAGACCACCAAAAAGUCGUCGUCCGAUAAGGAGAAGGAGAAGAUGAAGGCAUCCAAAGCGGAGAUGGAGGACAACGAGUUCCGGAUGGUUAAGAUAAAAAUGCCCAAAGCCUACCACUACCGCACGUCUGGGAGUCCGCCAAACGGUAAGCGCAGUAUAAGCGCCGACGACGAGGACAGGCAUCUGGUUGUGGCCAACGCCGGCCUCACGCCCAAGAAGAAGCAGGUGAUGAUCGGCGGCGGCACAGACCUGACGAUCGCCGACAGCAAACACUACUCGGUGGCCGACCCGUCGAGUCCCACGUACGGCGCGUCGGCCAAGUUUCCCACCGAAGCGGAUCAGUCGGUGCCGGAGUCGACGGCUUUGAAGCCGAUGACCGGUGGGCCGGCGCCGCCGGUUAGCCACCACUCGCCCCACGUUUCGCCCAAGAGUUCCAGCGAAUCCGCUUUUUCAGUGGUUCCGGAGGGUAUGUUUCAACGGAUCACUAAUGGCGGCACAACCGGCGGUCAGACGAGUCCCAAAUCGUCGUCCGGAGCGCCCAAUGGCGGUCAGUCGGGCACUGGUAUACUGGAAAACCUGUUGAUACAGCGCCUGCACGCCGAACGAGUGGCCGCCGCCAUACAGAUAGCCGUCACGUCGGCCAAUGGUAUCCACAGCACCGCCUAUACGGCCGCUAACGGCAAAUACAACGGUAUGUCUCCGCCGGCCGGUGCCCUACCAUCUGUCAAAGAGCCGGUCCGUGUGAUUGUCGACCAGACACAGAAGUCCGGCGAUCAUCACCACCACAAUCAGCACAACCACCACAACGAGCGCCAUAUGAACGGCCAGACAGUGGUCAACGGCCAUCACGGGUCGGUGCACUCGAGCCCCCGAUCGACACACAGCAGUUCCAGCGGUGGUCCGGACAGCCAUCACAACCACCACCACAACAGUAGGGCACACAUGAUAUACCCGCACAAGAAAAACUACGGCCGGUAUGCGAACGGCAACCAUCACCACAACAACAACGGUCACCACCCGGUGGUGGAGAUGCACUCGCCGGACAGCACCGACAAAACACACUCGCUGAACGUGGUCACCAGCGCCAGCUCGGGCGCCAGCCCUCCCGGCCCCGGCUAUCACCCACCGUUGGGUCCCACCGCAGCGGCUGCGGCCUCUAACUAUCUGUACGUGAACGGCAUGACACCCCUAUUCUCACCCGGGCACUUCAACAUGUACGCCUACUCGGCCAUGACACACGCUGCCGCCUCGGCAGGCUUGCACCCCAGCCCCGGCUCAGCCGACUCACUGCACGGCCCGCCCGGCGCCGGCCAUCACAUGAACGGUCGCCAAAACGGCGCCCAACACUUCCAUCACCCGAAGAUACCGCUGGGCAUCGAAUACCCGACCGCACACUCUCUGCUACAGCGCUCGCCGCCCGGCGCUCACGACCCCAAGAGUCCGUACGCUUCGGCCCGCAGUAACGGCACUCCGUCGCCGCCCUCGUCCAUAGCGUCGGUGUCCGGUUCCGGCGGCCCCUACUCUCCCAACUCAUCCAAUCGGGGCUACCGUUCCCUACCCUACCCGUUGAAGAAGAAAGAUGGUAAAAUGCACUACGAGUGCAACGUGUGCUACAAGACAUUUGGCCAGUUGUCUAACCUGAAGGUGCAUUUGCGCACGCAUUCCGGCGAACGGCCCUUCAAGUGCGGCACCUGUAGCAAGUCGUUCACCCAGUUGGCACAUUUGCAAAAGCACCACCUCGUUCACACGGGCGAAAAGCCGCACCAGUGCGAUGUGUGCAAAAAGCGAUUCAGCUCCACCAGCAAUCUGAAAACCCACCUCCGCCUCCACUCCGGGCAAAAACCCUACGCCUGUGACCUGUGCCCGGCCAAGUUCACCCAGUUCGUUCACCUCAAGCUGCAUAAACGGCUGCACACCAAUGAGCGGCCCUACACCUGUCAGACGUGCAAUAAAAAGUAUAUCUCCGCCUCCGGUCUGCGAACCCACUGGAAGACCACGUCGUGUCAGCCCAACACCGUUCACAUCGGCGGCGGCGAUACAAUACGCUCGGCGCUGACCAAUGGGUCGUCGGCGCCGUCGGUCAAUGGCAAUACGACAGCACCGGGCGGUGGUGUGGAUCAGACGAGUAGUUUGAACAGCUCGACGACGCCUGUGAUCAGCGCGUUGAUCGGUUUGGCCACAAGCGGUGGUCAGCCGGUGGUGGUUAAGGAGGAGCACAACAAUAGCCAACACAUGAGUAAGUCGUGUACGACAGCGGAAAGGGAGCGCUCGGCCGCCGGACACAACCCGGUCAACGAGAUAAAGCCGGCGCCCGAAUGUAAAGUGUGA